AUGGCGCGUCGGCUUGUAGAGGCUGGGGUCAAAUUUGUUGAGGUUUCGCUGGACGGAUGGGAUACACAUGAAAACAACUUUGAGCGGACGAAAGAACUCCUUGCUCUGGUAGAUCCGGCAUUCGCAAUGCUCGUGAAGGACUUGGCUGAACGCGAUAUUCUUGAAGAGACUGUUGUGCUAUGGCUCGGUGAAUUCGGUCGCACUCCGAAGAUUAACAAUAACGAUGGACGUGACCAUCAUACCACUGGCUGGUCUGCUGUCGUCGCCGGAGGUGCUACUCGCGGUGGGCAGGUAAUCGGUAGCACGAAUGAAGAUGGGACUGAAGUUGUCAGUGAUGCUGUCAGAGUCCCAGACCUAUUUGCAUCGCUCUGCUUUGCACUCGGAAUCGAUGCUGAUGAAGAAAACUAUUCUCGCUCCGGACGACCGAUCCGGGUCGUUGACGAUGGAACGGUGAUAGAGGAGUUAUUCAAGGCGUAG